AGGAAUCAUGGACGAAUCAAUCGAUGUAUCCUUAGACAGUAGUGUGCAUGAGGAAUCUCAUGAGGAAGAUUUAAAGGAGAACAAAAUAAAACAAUCUUCAAGGAGAUCGUCCAAACGUAGUCGAGGUCAGGAAGACUUAGAGGACCCUGAGAAAGUAGAGAAAAGAAGCAGUCGGAGAUCAAAGAAAACCAAAGCUGACUCUGAUGAAGAAGAAUCUUUUGUCGAAGAGCCUGUUGCAGAAGAACAUGCCUCAGAAGAGCCUGUUGCAGAAGUAGAAACUAAUGGUAAUACUGUGGAUUAUGGUACCUUUGAAGCUGAUGAGUCUAACAAAGUAGAACAUAGUGCUGAUACACUACAUGAAGUUGUUCGCCAACCUCUGGCAGAAGAAAAUGUUGUCCAGGAACAAGGAUCUACUGAAGGUCAGCCAGUUGAACAUGAGACUGUCCAAACCAACAAUGAAGAUGCUGUUAUGGAAGCUCAAAAUGAAGAUGAAGUUGUUGAAGUGAAGGUACCAGUAAAGCAGAAACCUGAAAUGAUUGUUCUUGAUGAUAUCAAUGACGAUGACGGUCCUGGUCCUGAUGAAGUCCCAACAGCAGAAGAGAGGGGAUUCUGGAAAGCUGUGGAAGAGAACCCCAAUGAUUUUGCUAGCUGGACUUAUCUUCUUCAAGUAGUAGAGAAAAAUGGUAAGCUAAAGCAGAUCCAGAAAGCUUUCUCUUCAUUCCUGCAACUGUAUCCUUACUGCUAUGGUUACUGGAAGAAAUACGCCGACCAAAUGAAGAAAAUUGUCUCUAACGAAGCAGCUUUUCAGGUGUACAACGACGCUGUGAUAGCCAUUCCCUUGUCUGUUGACCUGUGGACCUACUUUAUCCACUUUAUUGCCGAGUGGAAAGAUGGCGAUGAAAACGAGAUCCGAACGAUCUACCAACGAGCAGUUGAGGCGUGUGGACAGGAUUAUCGUUCUGAUAAAAUAUGGGAAGCGUAUGUGGAGUGGGAGAAACAGACAGAUAAGUACAGAGUACUGAAGUUGUAUAGACAGUUCCUUGGCUGUGUCAUCCAGCGACAUCAAUACCAUUUCGACAAGUUCCGAGAGUGGAUCUUCUUCACACCAGUGAAGGACAUGGUCACAAUGGAGGACAUCAAGGAACUGUUGACUCGACACAAAGCAGAAGCCGAACGGAGACGAAUUGAAACCGAGAAGAAGAUUAAAGAGGAAGAAGAAGAAGCAAGAGCAGCUGCAGAAGAAGCAGCCAGAUUAGCUGAAGAGCAGAGGAAGCAAGCAGAGGAGGAGGAAGCAAAGAUUCAGGAAGAUAUCAAGAGGAUGCAGGAGGAACAGAAGAUGGCAGUGUUAGGUGAUCAACCACCUGGUAUCGAGGAGGUGACGAUGGAGGGUGUUGAGGAUCAGGAGCCUGCUCCUGUUGAAGCUGAGGAGGAAGCUGUCCAAGAAGAAGCUGUCAAGGAAGAAGCUAAGGAGGAGGAGAAGGUGGAAGAUGUUGUUGCAAUGCAGGAAGAUGCUGUUGAGGAAAUCAAAGAAGAAGAAAAGCCAGAGGCCGUUGAACAGAUGACUGAGGACUUCAAUAAGGUAGACAUGGAAGAACCCCUGCCCGACAGCCCUGAAGCCCUAACUGCUAAGCAGGAGGCGGCGAUACGCGAACAGAUGCUGCUCGACAUGGCCCCGAUCCACGAGAAGAUCCUCGCUGAAAUAGAGGAGGUGGUGACAUUUGAGGAUGGGAUUAAGAGACCUUACUUCCACGUUAAGGAGCUCGAGAGGGUUCAAUUGAAGAACUGGAAGAACUAUCUCAAUCUGAUUAUUGAGAAGAAGAACAACCCCAGAACCAUUAUUCUUUUUGAGAGAUGUCUUAUCGCAUGUGCCUUUUACGAGGGAUUCUGGAUCAAGUACAUUAACUUUAUGAGUGAUAUUGACAAAGAAGUGACUAGCAGUAUAUACAGGAGAGCUUGUAUGGUACAUCUUGUAAAGAAACCCUACAUUCAUCUAAACUGGGCUGCUUUCGAGGAAGAACGAGGAAACUUGGAAAUAGCAAGAGAAGCCUUGGAUCACAUUGACAAGGGGAUGCCAGGUCUUAUAGCUGUUAUUCUGCGUCGUGCCGGCCUGGAGAGACGGACUGGAAAUAUUGAACAAGGCGGAGAUAUCAUUAAGUUAGCAAUAGAGAACUGUAGAGGUCGUGAAACACGUGACUUCUGGAUCAACAAGUAUAUUGGGUACUUACAGUACUCGGCUAAGGAGAUUGAUGUCGCUAGAAAGUUCCUUAAUGAACAGAUUGAGAGAAACCCGAGAAACAAGAAAUUAUACGUGAGACUGCUGGAUCUGGAACACAGUUCCGGAACUCAGUACCCCAACUGUGCUGCUGUUGUAGCUGUAUUCGACAAGGCUCUUACAUCUAGUCUAACUAUUGAAGAGAAAGCUGGUUUCUCACACCGCCGUUUGACAUUCCUGGAAGAGUUUGGCGAUAACGUAACAGCGAUCAUAUCUGCUUACGAGGAUCAUAACAAGAAUUGGAAGACCGUUUUAGAUGAGAAGAAGAAGGAGAGCUCGGUGCCAAUAAAAGACUACAAGAGGCGUGAUAACUACAGUAACAACAGAAACUACAACCGCGACAGAAACUACAACCGCGACAGAAACUACAAUCACCAGAACAAUUACAACCAGAAUAAUUUCAAUAACCAAGGGGGCGCGGGCGGAUAUAAAACAUCAGAAAAUUUGCAUCAACAACCGUUCACGCCUGCAUCAGAUGGAAAUACUAACAUGAACUAUAACAUGCAACACGCCCAACAGCAGCAGCAAUACCAACAAUGGUACUCCCAGUACGCCCAACAGCAACAGUUCGCCGCCCAGGGAGCUCCCCAAGGUGCCCCUCAGUACCAGCAACCUCAACAGAAUAGAGGUUAUUAAACCUCGAGAUGUUUCAGUUAAUUAUAGUUUAUUGCUUAAUUGAUGACUAUUAUCGCACCGCGCUAUCUCUAUCACAGACAAACCAUCGUCAACCGUCACGCAGUCUAUAUUGCUAUAAGCUAUUUGAUUUAAUUUAUAAAACGAAAUCUUAAUGUGUACUUCUAAGUUCUAAGUUUUAUGUUUUACAGUGAGCGAGAAGGCCACUUGACUUCACCAUUUUUAAUUUGUGUCAUAAAGUUUGCUUAACCCUCGAUUAACUCGGAAUGAAGCCUGAAGGUCCCGUGUUUUUUCGAUUCUCCCAACUAUUUUCAAAAUGGUCUAGUUUUAUAUUGAUUGUUCCCGAUGAACUUAUGUUCCAAUGCAAACUAAGAUCAAAUGUUUCUUUUGAUUUU